AAGUAGGCAAAAGAAAACGCAGUUGAUCGAUACUGUUUAGCAUAAAACAGAAAUGGGUAUUUUAAACUCGAUUUCGGCUGGAUUGUUUUUAUUUUAUUUUUUACCACUAGCUUAUUCAGCUAUGGAGGUAACCUAUGAAGAAGAUAAACAAAACUGUCCAUAUUUUUUGGAGAAUAAAGAAUAUCAACGCUUUGCUGUUCCAACCCAUGGUUUAGUGAAUUGUUCCUGGUAUUCACACAAGGCUUGCUGUAAAAGGACAGAAGUAACUUCAGUAUUUUCCAAAAUGUAUCCUCUUUAUGAAGCCACAAAAACAUGUUCUAAUAUGAUGAACUAUUUGAUGUGUUAUUUUUGUAGUCCAGAUCAACAUAUUUGGUAUAAGCAGAGAGCUAGGGUUUGUACUGAUUUUUGCACUAAUUUGUUUGAAGAAUGUAAAUCAGCAUCAUAUAAUGGGAAAAAAUUAGGAAGUGAAUAUGAGAAUGGAACAUCAUUUUGUGAGGCACAAGAUUUUAGUGUGGUAGAAGGGAAUUGCUUUAAAUAUGAUCCUAAAGUUUUUGAUGGAGCCGUUCAACAUAUCAGUUUUUACUUACCCUAUAUAUCUAGUCUUAUCAUGAUUUUAACUGUUUUAAUUAUAUAGAAUAACAUGAAUAUAUAUGUUUUUAAAUAGAGAUUAAAGUCAAAAUUUACAUCGAAAUCAUAAAUAAUUUUAUUUAUGAACCUAAUACUCGAAUUAAUGCCAUUUGACGUCAAUUGUCAGCCAAUCAGAUUAUAUCGUUUUUGCCACUUUGUAAAAGUGGCGCCAUUUUCUCCAUCAAUAAGAACAUUUAAUUUCAAAUCAGAGUUCCCGCGGUCCUUGAAAAUCCUUGAAUAUCCUUAAAUUUAAAAUUUCAUUUUCAAGGUCUUGAAUAUCCUUGAAUUUCGCGUAAAUAGGAAAAUAUCCUUAAUUUUGUUGCAAAUGUCUUCAAUUCUUUUUAAAUAUGAGAUUAUAAUGAUAGUUGGUAAUGUUUUGGUUAUUUUUAAGAUGAAAAAUUGUAACUUUAGGCUAAAAAAUGUCCUUGAAAAUCCUUGAAUUUGACGUAUAUUUAUCCUUGAAUAUCCUUGAAAAAAUGUUUGGCAAAGCCGCGGGAACCCUGCAAAUUUGAAGUCUGUGUCAUUUAAUCUCAGCAUAAGUUUUCUUUAGAAUGAAAUAAAAAUGACAGUAAUGUUAAACAUUUUGCCAAAUGAGUAUGUGAACUUUCUUUUAAAUUUGAGUAGGGUUUUCAAAAAUCGCUUCAAAGAUGCAUAGGGGCAUGACUAUCUUUUUGUGGUUAAGGAUUUGUUAUAUUUAAUGAUCUGUAUGUAGUUCCAAAUUCAUAUGAUAAGAACAUAUUGUUGUUGAUUCCGAAACACUGUCUAUGUUUAAUUCCUGCAUGUCAUCUUAGUUGUAGCAAAUGAAAGUAUAGAUAUUAUGCCAAAACCUUCAUCUGUACCUUUUACUGUACAUAAUCCACUUGAAAGUUGUUUUAUUGUAUGUAUUUUGUUAUUAUUGUUCCAUGUGCAAUACAGCUUUAAUACAUAAGUUUAUCUCAAAUUAUUGUGAUAGAGCUAUUAGUUGUUAUAAUUUUUACAAAUAUUUGUGUUUAUUGGGUUAUACAAAAUGUUUUUUAGACUUUAUUUAUGAUAUACAAAAUGUUGUUUAUUUAUGUUAGAUAAGCUUCUAUUUAUGUUAUACAAGGUUUAUUUUGUAUUUUAUACAAGUUUUGUUAAUAUACAUAUAUUUAUAUUAAAGGAACAAUAUUCAGACUAGAAGGAAGAUAUAGACAUUUAGACUAUAUAUAAAUUGAUCAAUCUUCACAGAAGUUAUGGCCGUCUAAAUUUCCCUUUACUUUGUAUUGAUCACAUGCUACUAACUUGAUUUUACAGUUUAUUAUAAUUAAUUAUAUUGUAAUUUGUCCAGUAUUCAGUGAUUGCUUAAAUAUUGGAAUAGAUGGAUUGUUUUUUUUAAUUUAAGAUAUACUAUAUAUUUCAUUGUUGUUAGUGCAAAGCUAUAUUUACACAGACCAAGUUUCUAUGUUAACCAAAGUUUGAUAAUGGAAACAGGAUCUCCACGGCAUGUUCCCUUAUUACAGGCAACAUGAUGUGGCAUAUAAACUUAGUCAAAAAGUGAAACUAUGACAUAGUAGAACACAUCUUAUCCCAUGCUUGUACCUUUUUAAUGUGCACAAUGAAACAUCCCACAAAAACUCUUCAAAAAAAGUUUCUAAAAAGUGUAACAAGAACAAUUUUCAUUAGCUAUGCUAAUUACCAUAGCUAAGUAUAUUGUAGUUUUCAUGUAAGCUUAGAUUUAUAUCUAGUGUGAACAUUCUUAAACAUAGACUUACUACUACAUGUAUAUAUUGUUUUAAUAAAUCUAGGCUAUUAAAAUAA